AGUCCAGUAGGUGGCGGCAAACCUCAAACCGCCAGUAAAACGCCAGAAGAAGAAGAAGAAGCCGCCGCCAACAUGGCGACCCUCCAGCUGCUGCGGGGCGCAGAGAUGCUGAAGCAGGGCGCGGAGGGCCGCGUCUACCGGGCCGAGUUCCUGGGAAAACCCGCCGUGAUCAAACAACGGUUUCCGAAACGCUACCGACACCCAGAGCUGGAUGAAAAACUGACGCACCGCAGAACCAUGCAGGAGGUCCGCAGCAUCGCCCGCUGCCGGAGAGCAGGCAUCUCCACCCCCGUCGUCUACUUUGUGGAUUACAGUUGCAGCUGUAUUUUCCUGGAGGAAAUAGUUGACUCUCAGACUGUGCGGGACUUCAUCGCAUCCGCCCGGCGGUCGUCCUCGCGGUCGGACCAAGAGCUGCAGCGGCUGGCUGAGCUCACGGGGCGGAUCUUAGCCAAAAUGCACGACGAAGACGUGAUCCACGGAGACCUGACCACCUCCAACAUGCUGCUGCGACGCAGCGCCGACAGCUCGGAGCUUGAGUUGGUCCUCAUCGACUUUGGCCUGAGCUACAUUUCGGCUCUAGCUGAAGAUAAAGGGGUGGACCUUUAUGUUCUGGAGAAGGCGUUCCUCAGCACCCAUCCCAACACGGAGCCGCUCUUCCAGCAGCUGCUCGGCAGCUACUCGGCUUCCUCCAAAAAGUCAUCGGCAGUCAUCAAAAAGCUGGAAGAGGUUCGGCUCCGAGGCAGGAAGAGGUCCAUGGUGGGAUGAAUGUUGACUGGAGCUUCAUGGGACUUAUGGCUGUCGUGGUUAAUAAAGAAAUGAGACUCUGAA